AUGAUGACUGAGCCUUCGUUCUUGUCGAAAAAGAACGUAGGAUUCCACUCUGAUCUCACUCACGCGGCCCAGUGUUCCUGGGCACCUUCUUGCUUCCACUUCCUUUGCCUUUCUGGGUCGACUACAUUGUUAUUUACCUAG